AUGACGGAGCGCAUGAAGCCCAAACUUAAAGUAUCCGAGAGUGGCCGUUUUGAAGACCAAUUCUAUCACGCCCAUGACGGCAGUAAAGCCAUGGCCAGACUGCGCAAGCGUGCAUAUCAAAAGAAUAAGACGGUGCACAUGAGCGGCAACGAUGUGGAGCAGUUCUCUGACGCCGACAUCAUCACAAGCGGCUACUUGGUUAAGCAGGGCUCGUUCUGGAAGUCGUGGAGACGUCGCUUUUUCAUCUUGAGACGAGACCGCCCCACGGAUUCCACUAUUGAGAACGAAGGACGCAAACUUACACUGUUUGCCGAACAGGGAGAGGAAAGCAUGGAGGCCUGGAUCUCGUGUAUCAAUGGGUGCAUCGCGCAGCGUGUGAGAUCGACGUCUCGUGCGACGAUGAAUGGGUCGUUCGAUCGCCGAACGGAAGGCGGAUCGUUCCGGACGGAGCUCCAGGCUCGUAUCUCAGAGAGCACACCCAUGCUAGACGAUCUCAAUGUGGAUCGUGCUAGUUUCUCACGUAUGGAGAGUCCUCAGCUCGCCAGUGGCAUGAACGCUAUGAAGCGCUACUCUACCGACUCGACUGUGAUCCAACAAGCUGCGAAUGAUUCCAGAUCGGUGCGGGAGAACGAGAAAAAGAUAAAGACGUCGAGACAACUACAAAACUUAAGUCUGGCUGGUGCUGCGUCGGAUGUGAUGAAGAGGAAGCCUCGACUGUACCGAUCUUCAAGCGCCGGGUCCAUUCUCACUCAGUCUGCAUCGGUUACCGUUGCAUCUCGUGCCUAUGAUGACAAUGGACUGUCAACGAUGCACUCUCCAGCUCACUCAGCGAGAGAGAUACAGACGACACAGGCUUCGUCCAAUUCUCCUCGUGCCCCGAGUCUAAGUUUGCCAGGUUUCAAGCCCUGUCCAAGUGUAGAAUUGGCUGUGUCCAUUGGUAGCAAGGCCGUUCAAGAUGUGCCACAGAUGCUGGUGGUUUUGUUCAAUAUCCGCCAAGGACAACGACCAGAGGAGAUUUCACGGACGGAGAUACGGAGUUCACUUUCGCUGCGGUCGUGUGGUGGGGACUUUUACGCUCGUGAUUUCAAUGCUUUGCUCUCCGUGCCGCGUUCAGCGCGCUCGAUGUUGCAACUUGAAGUCUUCUCAGUGGUGAAUCCUUCUUCGGAGUCACUGGAAAACCAAAAAUCGCUCGGUUUCGUGCGAGUUUCGGCUCUGGAUGUUCUUUUCUCGCGCGAGUCUUCGAUGCUGCUUGAGUGUCAUCGAACUGAUGCAUCCAAGCAGCUUUACUAUAUUAUUCUGGACCGGUUCCUUCCUCCCAGCCACAGUAUCAAUGUGAGCCACGCGUACACGUACGCCAAACAUCACUUCUUGGUGGACACACAGGCAAUGGAGAAGCGCAAGUCCGGUGAUCUCAUGUCUAGCUCGACCAUGAGCUUAAGGAUGGGGUUGAGUUACAGCGAGAUGUUGCGUGGUCAGAUGAACUCGUCGACAGCCAGCCACGUGCUUGUGUCCGAGGAAUUAUCUGCGUCUUACGUCUCCGUCUCGAUGACUGUCGCUCAUCUGAAGUAUCUUCAGCGGCGGAAUGUGACUCGCAUCGACGACGCUCGCACAGUUAUCAACGAUAUGAGGCUGCAUAUUCUUGCAAACUCAGGGGCCGGCUCUUCCAGCACUCGCGUGCUAGAGGUGGAAGACCGGAAGCGUGACGUGGAACUCGAAAUGGCUCAUUACAUGCGUCUCCACGCCUCGUACCAAGAAAAUCUCAAACGAUAUGAGAUGAUGUUUGUGUCGCUCGAGAAUGGACGGGAGCAGGGCAUCACUGGGUGUCUGAAACGUAGCAACAUGAAGAAGGACAAGGCGACGUCUUUCAUGGCCACUAAUCUGAACUGCCAUCUAGUGCGUGGAAGACGUGUGCAUCUCGCCGGUGAUGCAGAUCGAAGCGAGCAGGCUCGAAGAGGAAGCUUAACGUCUACGUCGAUGGAUGAUGGAUCGGGAUCGGAGGACAGCGAUAGCGAGACGUCGCCUACGUCUGAGUUCGUGUACUCGGUAGUCACUCACGGCUGUGCUUCAGCGCAUAUUAUGGGGUUUAAAGAGGGCGGACUGCGUCGUCUUCAGCAACAGUUGGAUUCACAGAGCCCCCCAGACCCACGUCUACGUGAACGUGUUGAAAUGAGAGAAGACGUGGUGCGCUCGCAAGUGCUAGCAAUCUCGGGAGCCUCAUUCCUUAAUGCGGUGGGUUUGGCUGCGACUCGUGGAGGGCUGCACCGUCAGCGUUUGCAGCUGGCCUGCUCAACUGGGUACUUGCUCAGCAUUGAAUCGUUGCUGAGCACUGUUGGGGCUGAAAAGGGGAUGCUGGAGGACAUGUCGGAGGGUGUUCGGUGGCUGAAUAGUGUAGUGAGCUUCCAAUUGGUCCAAUCUGCAGAAGCCAACCCUCACAUGGAGAUGUCCAAGUGUGUUAGUGUGACCAGUACACCGACUGGAGAUCACGUUGUGGUGGCAUUCGCUGUCCCCCCGGAGGUGUUUGCAAAACUUCCGGGCGUGCUGCAGCAAGGUCACGCAAUUAAACUUCAUGGAGUGAUGUUUACUCAAGGAAUCAACGAGAUGCAGUCGGUGGCUAACCACUAUCUCAACUCCAGUCUACAGGACGAGCUGAAUUUUGAGAGUGUGCUGAUGCUGCAGCGGUAUUUCCGUGUGUACCACACGCAAGUUACCGCUAGUGCGGGUGGUGAUGACAAGAAGCGCGUAGCAGAUCUGGCCGAGCUGUCAGAGCUUCAAGCGGAAAUCGAAGCACUCACUGGGCGCCUCAACAUUCGCACGGAGAAUGUGCAGAAAAAGUUUGUCAACAUUCUGAUCGCGUCCAGCGAUAUUUGUCGCCGUCUAGGGGCCGGUCGUACGACGUGUUGCAAGAGUGGAAAAGACCGUACGGCCAUGUCCGUGACACUGGAGACUUCUCGUUUACUGGUGGAGCAUUUCCAUGUGAAACAAGGGGUGCACUUGUGCAAUGCGAUGAGAGAACGUGGUGUUCGACGCGUCAAUGUGCUGGCGAAUACUGGCAAAACAAAGUUCGCAUUCAACUCGUUCCAGCUUAAGUACAUUCCGGACUGCUACAAGCCGCCACUUGCCUGUGCGGACUCGCAUGUGUCCUCGUAG